AUGGAAUUGCUGACCAAGCACUUGUUAUCUGGAAAGACUGAGAAUGUAAAGGAUGUGGAGUCCCAGUGCAAUGUUGCUACUGAUGUAGAUGAGAAGGCAAAUUAUUUGAGUAAUCAGGGGGCUUUCCGAGGCAAUAACCAAGAGAAUCAAGAAAAGAAGAAGGAAAAGGAAGCGGGGUUGAAAGAGAUGCCAAGACCACCACCUCCCUUUCCUCAGCGGUUGAAGAAGAAAGUUGACGAUGAAAAAUUUAGCAAGUUUAUGGUGAUGUUGAAGAAAUUAACAGUAACUGUGCCUUUGGUUGAGGCAGUUGAACAGAUGUCAGGAUACACUAAGUUCAUAAAAGAGCUUGUGACAAAGAAAAGAAUGGUGAGAUAUGAACCAGUGGACAAUCUCCACCACUAUAGUGUUGUUUCUACAAGGUCCUUAGCUCAAAAGAAGGUGGAUCCUGGAGCAUUCACCAUCCCUUGCAUUAUCGAGUCGUUGGAUUUUGAUAAAGCACUAUGUGACCUAGGAGCUAGCAUCAAUCUGAUGCCAUUAACUGUGUAUAAAAAGAUGGGUUUGGGGGAUCCUACUCCCAUAAACAUGAGAUUGCUAAUGGCAGAUAGAUCGGUGAAGCGACCGAAGGGAAUAUUACGUGAUGUAUUAUUAAAAGUAGCUGAUUUUAUAUUCCCUACCGAUUUUCUGGUGCUUGAUUGUGAUGUGGAUUUUGAAGUACCCAUCAUAUUAGGUAGACCAUUCUUAGAUACUGGGAGAGUAUUGUUGAGAUGGAGCUGA